AUUUAUAUAAAAUUUAAAAUAUAAAUCAAGGAUGAGAUUAUUAUUAAAAUUAUUAAUUUUAUCAAUAGUUUUUAAUUUAUGUAAAUCAUUUACCCCAUCAAAAGAUACAUUAUUUUUUGAAGAUUUUCAAGAUGUAAGUAAAGAUAAUAAAUGGGUAAAAUCAAGCAACACUGAUUACAGUGGUGUAAUUGAGUUCAAAGCCGCUAAUGACCCAGUUGAUGCAAAUGAUACAUCAAUGGUAUUCACUGAAUUAGCAAAGAAAUAUGCAAUCACCUCAAAAUUAAACAAACCAAUCAUAAAUAAAGAUAAAGAUUUAAUUGUACAAUAUGAAGUUCAAUUCCAAGAAGGUAUCACUUGUGGUGGUUCAUACGUCAAGUUAUACUCUGAAAGUGAAAAAGAAUUUGAAGCUGAUCAAGUUAAAUCCGAUACUCCAUACAGCAUUAUGUUUGGUCCAGAUGUUUGCAACCCAAACAAUCGUAUUCAUUUCAUUGUUCGUCACCAAAACCCAAUUACUAAAGAAUACGAAGAGAAAUUAAUCACUGCCAAACCACCAGUUAGAACUGAUAAAAUUUCACAUGUCUACACUCUUCACAUUAGACCAGACAACACUUUCUCAAUUCUUGUUGAUGGUGAAUCCGUUUUAGAUGGUAAUUUCCACGAUGCCUUCACUCCAGCUUUCAAUCCACCAAAACAAAUUGACGAUCCAACUGACAGCAAACCAAGUGAUUGGGUUGACCAAGCCGAAAUUCCAGAUCCAAAUGCUGUUAGACCAGAUGAUUGGGAUGAAA